AUGGCUAUUCCAGACUAUUAUUUCUUCCCAGAGGGAGAUCCUGUUCCAGAUGAAUGGAUGCUAGCCGAAGAACUCGCUAUCCUCAAGGCAUUUUAUCAUCAUCUGAUGACUGCCGAAAAAGCUGCGUACGCGAUAACUCGGCCAAUCUCAGACUCAUCAGUGCCUUUCCUUAAUACCUACGAGGAUGACUCCAUUGCUCUUUUUAGGCUAUGGACAUGGAUUGUGAAAGCUUUGCAACAAUGGCCUGCUUCUCGCAUCCCUGACCUCGUCGCACUCCUAGAUGCAAUAUCAAAGGUUCCCGAUCUAAUUCACCGUGGUGAAACCAUUGAUGACGAGUAUAACCCCAUGGGGUGGAAUAUUCUUCCUUACUUUGGCGCGAUGUGGAGAGAUGAUUAUCCGGACACGGCGACAAGACGUCACAAACGGGGACUGUAUAUCAGAGCUCAAGAUGUCGAAUCACGACUUGUUGCGACAGGGAUCUGGGAGUUAUGGAGAGCGAUAAAUUAUGUGAUAUGGACGCUGGAGAUGAAGCCCAAUCACGAUUACGCGGAAGAAGACAGGAAUGGAGCCCACCAUCAUCCCCUAGCGUUUCAAACCCUCGAGCUUGAUUUUCAGGUUCCGGCGGUUGCCUGCUGGAUUCAGCAUAAUGGGCAGAGAAUGUAUGAAACCAUCGCCAGAGAUGGGCUGAAGGGUAAUCCAAAUAUCCCGACGGUGAGUAUGCGUUUUGACGAGCAUGUCGGACGCUGGGCAUUCUGGAAGAAGCGAUUGCUGGAGAUCGCGAACGGCCCUGAUGAUUUUGCAAGACGAGGGGCACAGGUAGCUUUGGGAUACAUGGAUGAGACCACAACCUCUCUGACGGAUCACUAG